ACAAGAAAGAGAAAGGUUAACUUCCAACUACCAUGUGCGACAAGAAUUUCAGUGACUAAAAACACAAGUAUGUUGUUAAAAAAUGUUUCUCCCCAUAAUGCUAAUGACCUUGAAACCUCUAAGUCAACUGUUAGCGUUGCUCUGCAAGAUGUGAAAGACAACGAGUCAGUGAAAAGUCCUGAUAAGUCGCUUGACCAUCCUCGCUUCCAAGACAUGUCUUCAAAGAGCAGCUUUGAUCGACCACAGACUCUAUUCCAGGCCCCUGUCCAAAUGAACUUUGGAUAUAAAGGAUUUGCGGCAGCCGUCACAACCCCAUCCGAAUUUUACGUCAUUCUUGAAGACCUGCUUUUGAUUGUAGAUACAGUCUCUGCCAUUCUUGAGAACCUUCCCGAAGUAUUGGCACCAUUACCAGAGGUUCAUUUUGUUCCGGGUGCGAGCUGUUUGGUGAAAUCGGCAGAGAAGAAAAAAUGGUGCAGGGCAGAGAUCGUACAAUGCGAUUCCACAACCAUGCUCAUGAACUUGGUUGACUAUGGCCAGUAUGUCGUUCAGUCUCAACAGGAUGUCGACCAGCUAAAAAAACUUCCAGACGAGCUCAGUAGAUUACCUAAAGUCACCUACCAUUGUUUACUGAGGGGAGUUAAGCCCAAAGGCCAGGACUGGUCUGAUGAUGCCAUCGUUUUCUUCCAGAACUGUAUGUGUCAUAGCAACCUUCAGAUAUGUUUCAGACAGCAUGUUUCUGAGACACAGUGGGAGGUCGACGUUGUCACUGGAAAACAAAAUCUCGCAAAAGAGUUAGUAGAUGCUGAUCAUGCCAUGUAUAUUGAUAAUAUGCUUGGAAUCAGGUUUCAGCAUGAGCAAGACAUCUCCAGUAGUGUGGAUGUUUUAUCCACGACAACUGAGCACACAAGCAAAGCCGAAUGUCUCAAAAGACACUUUUUCAAAGGAUCAAACAAAGUCAUAUAA